AUGGCUCACGUCAACGGCACGACUACAAAGUCAGGACCUCCUCUCCGGCGCCUGCUGCCCAACAUAGUCGACGAAAUCGCCUCCUCUGAACCAAAUCGCCCCUACAUAUACCAACCAAAGUCAAGCCAACCCGAAGACGGCUGGGUCCCAAUAACCUUUAAAGAAUUCGCCAACGCCAUCAACCACGUCGCCCACAUCAUCACCGAAACCAUCAAAACGAACAACUCAGAUGCCUUUCCCACGCUAGCCUACGUCGGCCCCAACGACAUCCGCUACGCCAUCAUAACCCUCGCAGCCGUCAAAGCCCGCUGCCGCGCCCUCUUCAUCUCACCCCGAAACAGCAUCGACGGCCAACUCUCCCUCUUCGAACGAACAAACUGCACCACCAUCUGGUACGCAGAGUCACUCCACCUUGUCGUCCGAACAUGGCUCUGCGAGCGCAAAAUGAACUCCUGGAUGGUUCCCCCCCUGACAGAAUGGCUGUCUGCCUCACCACCCACCUUCCCCUACGGCAAGACGUUCGAGGAAGCGCGCUGGGAUCCCUUGGUUGUUCUGCACACGAGCGGCUCGACGGGGCAUCCGAAGCCGAUUGUCGUUAGGCAGGGUGGUCUCGCGGCCGUGGACUCGUUUAGAGAUCUGCCAGAGUAUAUGGGCGGGACGUUUGUCUGGAAGUUUUGGAAAUCUCGUGCGACGAGGGUGUUUAUGCCGAUGCCGUUGUUCCAUGCGGCGGGGCUUAUUGCUGGGUUGUUGGCGUUGUCGAUUUACUAUGGUGUGCCGUGUGCGUUGCCGUUGGUUGAUCAGCCGGUUACGCCGGAGUUGAUUGUGCGGUGUUUGAGGUAUUCUGGGUGUGGUGGUGCGUUGUUGGCGCCGUCGAUUGUUGAAGAGUUGAGUCGUAUGGAGGAUGGGGUGGAGGAGUUGAAGAAGCUUGCGUUUGUUGCGUUUGGCGGAGGUAAUUUGUCCAAGACGGCUGGCGAUAACCUCAUUGCUCAAGGGGUGGUGUUGAACAACUCCAUCUCUUCUACAGAGCUUGUUCCAUAUGCUGUAUACUUCCAGCCAAACCCCAAACUGUGGCAGUACUUUAUUCUCAACAGUGAAGUAAUGGGUGCGGAAUGGAGACUUCACGAUCCCGAGAACGGCAUCUAUGAGCUUGCGGUGCGACGAAAAGACCCCAAGGAGCCGCUUGAUCAGCCUGUCUUUUACACGUUCCCUGAACGCACGGAAUGGUCUACCGGUGACUUGUUCAGAGCUCAUCCCACGCUAAAGGACCAUUGGAUGUACCACGGACGAGCGGAUAAUAUUAUUGUGUUUUCGAACGGCGAGAAGCUCAACCCGGUUACUAUAGAGGACAGUAUCGUGGGACAUCCAUCUAUUAAGGGAGCCUUGGUCGUCGGACAGGAUAGAUUCCAGCCGGCACUUAUACUGGAACCCACAACGCCACCUGAGACGAAAGAGGAAUCACAGGCCAUUAUUGACUCUGUGUGGCCGCUGAUAGACGAGUUAAAUGGGGAAACGGUCGCUCAUGGACGUAUAUCCAGGCAACUUAUCGCGUUGUCUGAUCCAAGUGUUCCAUUUCCGAGAGCGUCCAAGGGAACCGUGCAGAGAGGCUUGGCCGUCCGCGCUUAUAGGUUGUUGAUUGAUGAGAUUUACAAACGGGCUGAAGUGGUUGACACGACGGAUGUUGCACCUCUUGAUUUGACUAGUGUUGACACUGCACUGCAGUCCAUCGCCGAUCUCCUCGCAGACCGAAUGGGUAUUAAAGACAUGGAACCGGAUACGGACUUUUUCAGCGCUGGCAUUGACUCUCUGCAAGUUUUGAGCAUCUCCAAGUAUUUGAAGGCCGGUCUUGCGGCUGCAGGUGCGGUCGUUGAUGAUGUAGUUGUUGCGCCGAAGGUUAUUUAUUCCAACCCAACACUAGGGCAGUUGGCAUCGUACCUAUACACAGCUACGCAUACGACUGACAGUACACAGAAUGAAGAAGUCGACAAGGAAAUUUCCAUUGUUGAAGGCCUGGUAUCGAAAUACACCAAAGACCUCCCCACGCAUCAGCCUGAUAAGCCAAAGCCUUUGGAUGAGGAACAGACUAUUAUUCUCACAGGCUCAACGGGCUCACUUGGCGCAUACUUGCUAGACGGACUCUGUAAAUCCCCUCAUGUAAAAUCAGUUAUUGCUCUGAACCGGGGCACAGAUGGAGGAAAAUCCCGACAACCGGAUAUAAGUGCCACGCGAGGACUCAGCACCGACUUCUCAAAGGUACAAUUCCUCAGCGCGGACCUCUCCCAGCCCAAUCUUGGAUUCGAAAGCACAAAGUACCAAGAGCUUCUAUCUACUGCGGAUCGCAUAAUCCACAACGCCUGGCCAGUCAACUUCAACAUCAGCGUCUCUUCUUUCGAGCCCUACAUCCGUGGUGUCCGACACCUCGUCAACUUUUCUGCCGCAGCGUCAAAACAAGUCCCCAUCAUCUUCCUCUCCAGCAUCGGCACAACCGCAAAUUGGAAAUCACAAGACUCAGUUCCCGAGCGGCAGUUAACAGACCUGUCCUUGGCACAAAUGGGCUACGGGCUAUCCAAGCUAGCAGGUAGUUUAAUCUUAGACGCGGCAGAAACGUCCGGCUUACCAAGCGCUUCUAUACGCGUGGGCCAAAUCGCUGGUCCCCGUGGCGUCAAGGGGAAAUGGAAUCCGCAGGAGUUUCUGCCUAGUCUGAUUGCGAGCUCUGUUUAUCUGGGAGUUCUUCCGGCCGAUCUUGGUGCCCAGGAUGUGGUUGACUGGAUGGCCAUUGAGGAUGUGGCAGGGCUUGUUCUUGAUGUGAGUGGAGUUAAGGAGAGGAAGGAUGUUUCUGAAAUUGGGGGGUAUUUCCACUGUGUUAAUCCUAGGACGACGACGUGGAUGGAUUUGGCUGCUGUGGUUAAGGAUUUCUAUGGUGACCGGAUCAGGGAGCUUGUUAGUCUGGAGGAUUGGGUGUGUGAGCUUGAGAAGAGUGUUGAUGGGGGUGAUAUUGAUAGGAAUCCUGGUGUUAAGUUGUUGGAUACGUAUCGGGCUUUUGUGGCGGCGAAGAAGGCUGGUCGGGGGCAUGUGUAUCUCGAUAUGGAGAGGACGGCGAGGCAGAGCGGUACGGCGGCGAAGUUGGGGCCUGUGACGGGUGAGUUGAUGAGGAAUUGGUGUUUGCAGUGGGAGCUGUAG